GGAAGGUGCAUUAUCAGAUUGUAGGGAAAUUGGGAGUAAUUAAUCUUCUGGAAUUGGAAGCACGGGACGCCCCUAAGGCAACAGGACCCUUCACCAAGCUGAUUGGAGGCCAAGCGCCUUCCCCACCCACUGCCCUGCUUCCCUGGCCCCAGGACCCAGAUAAAAAGGUCUGGACCGGCUUCGCUCUUCCACCAUCUGGACUCGGGGUCCUGCAAAAGCUAUUCCAGACAAGCCUGGGAAGGAAGAGCCAAACCAUGACCGGCCGAGAUGCGAGUUCAGAUGGCAAAACCAAGGGCAAGGCGUUGGUGCCCAUUGGCCCGGGACAUGAGAAGGCUUCCCUCAGUCUACGAUCCAAAGGCUUCGCCAUCAAUGACUUGCUGGGCUUAGAGGCAGAAUUGCAGCCUCCCAAUGGCCCUGGGGCUGGCUCGGGAUGCCAGGUCCCCUCUGGGGCUGGACUGGGGCCAGGUCCUGGGACUGGAUCUGGAAUCGGGGGGACCUCUUUGCCCGGGGGCUCCUUGCCCUUGGGUCUGGGCUUCUUCUGUGGCUUUGCAGCGCAGCAACCCCCGGCUGGUGGGACCCCCUGUCUGUUGCUCACGGACAUCCCCUUCCUGCAAUCUCGGGGACCGGACCCCCAUCAACAUCACGAGCAUCACCAGCGAUACCUGCUGGGCUCCGAGAAGCCCAAGGAAAGCAUUUCUGAUGAAGACAGUCUGUCUGAAGACAAAAAUGAACUGAAGACACCCUCAUCACAUAUUAAGAGGAAAAAGCGGCGGCAUAGGACAGUUUUCACUGCUCACCAACUGGAAGAAUUGGAAAAGGCUUUUAAUGAGGCACAUUAUCCAGAUGUGUAUGCCAGGGAAAUGUUAGCUCUAAAAACUGAGCUUCCAGAAGACAGGAUACAGGUCUGGUUUCAAAAUAGAAGAGCCAAAUGGAGGAAGAGGGAAAAAUGUUGGGGUAGGAGCAGUGUCAUGGCAGAAUAUGGUCUUUAUGGUGCCAUGGUGAGACAUUCCAUACCACUUCCUGAAUCAAUCAUCAACUCUGCCAAGAGUGGGUUGGUGGGCUCCUGUGCUCCAUGGUUACUUGGGAUGCACAAAAAAUCCAUGGAUGUGACAAGGAAAUCAGAAGGUGAAGAAAAAGUAUCAGAAAACUGGGGUUAUGACCACUCAGAGGAAGACUUGAAGUCAAAGCAUGGAGAGCCCCAGUUGAGCUCUGAAAAAGUCAAUCUCCUGGACAGCUCAGAAGACAUUGCUAUUGAUCUCUCCAGGACAGCAAAACAGGAGAAGAAAGCACACUGAAGGCCUUGGAUGCUAGGAUCACAUAAGUAAAGAUUGCAUCAAUAAGAAAAGCAUUGGACAUUGGGAAUGAGAAAUGAGAACCACAGAAGGAGAAUAACUUCCUGUGGGCCUUCCCAAGGCACUUGGGGACAUGUGCCUAACUAGCACUAGAAUUUUUCAGAUGUUAAAAAUUGCCCAAGAUGAAUUAUAUUGAUUUAUUCUUGUUUCUAUUUAUGGAGUCAGGAUCAGAUAUGUCAAUAAAAUUUUCAUUUUAAGCUUCAAAGCUGCUAAGGACAAAUUAGUAAUUUAGAAAAACCUCCAAUUAGUUUUAGAAUGGAGAGUUCAGUAAAAAGCACUUGAGCUGAUUAAAAUGGAGGAAGAUUUCGCUUGAUUUUUGAAGAACUGGUGGCAAGAGGUGGUACAGGGAUUCUCAGGCAUUUUACUGAUAGGGGCACUUAACUCAAUUGAAGACAUUGUAUGUGAAGAGGUUUGCUUCAAAAUACCCAUUCUGAAUCUUUAAAGAAGUAUAGAUCUUUAAAGGAAGACAAAAUCAACACAGCCUUAUUAACUACAGGAAACUUCCUCCAUUUUUAGUAUAAAUAUGACUUCGGACCACAUUGUUAUUUCCUUUGCUGAUAUGCAAUAAUUUUAUAAACUUCUGAAAGGGAUUUGACAUAACAGAAUUUAGACAAUUCCAACUUGUAUAAAUUCAGCCAUAUUCUCCACUUCCUUUUCUCCUGAAAGUAGACUAUUUUGUGAAAUGGCAUAGGAAAUAUUUUAAAAUUCUUUAAUAUCUGUAAAGCCGUAUUAUAAGAUAAGGCUGUUCUUGGUCUUAUUAUAUUUAUGUUUAAAAGCACUUUAGUUAUUUGGAAUUUCUGAAUGUUUCCUUUUCCUGUAUUUUGUUUAUCAUU